UUUCCGGAUUGGAAGUUUUAUUUUGAAGGCUACAGCCGGAAGUUCUUUGCGUCACCACUUUGGCGGUCUUGUCGCGCGGCUCGGGACCUCACGGGACAGUCCUUCUGGAGUAACCGCUGGAAAUCGGCGGCGUUUGUCGUCCAAACUCUGCGAGAAACGGAGUCAAAACUGUCGGAUACCCCUCUGCUGACCCACCGGGGGUCUGCCGCCGGAGCCGGGCUCCAGAUACGACCUUCAUCCGUUCGUGUGGGAUUGUAUCGAUCACGGAGCGCGCGUGCGUGUCCCCGUUUGGACGCACGCACAGUUACAGGUUGUUAGCGAAGUUGACCUAGCUAGCGGAGUUAGCAAGCAGCGAAAACCAUUUCUGUCUUCAUUGGCUUCAGAAGUAGGUUUGAAAAAAAUCUGCCAGGCGGUUUCCAGACAGGAGCAGCUGCUCCGGUCACAAUGUGGUGUUUUUCGGGACGUUUAUCGAGCUGGCCGGCUGGAAGCAUCGGCUGACUGCAGCCGGACGCUCGUCGGACGGAUCAUCGACUCUCCGGUGUUUGUUUUCUUUUCGGCUAAAGAAGCGGACUCUGCCCUCGAGCCGUCGAAGCCCUCCUUUAGUCUACCAAACACAGGAGGGCCAUAUUCUAUAACAGAAAACCCGCCUGGAAGUUGUUUUUUCCCUUCCUUUUUGGGGGGAGGUUCAAAAGUUUUCGUGUUGGGAGGUUGAGGAUUUUUCCGAGCCUGUGGAAAAAUGGAUGCGGGCAUAGAGAAGGAAUGCAGCGCCCUGGGAGGGCUCUUCCAGCUCAUCAUGAACGACAUGAAGGCUAGUUAUCCGACCUGGGAGGACUUUUUAACAAAAGGAGCCAAACUCCAGUCACAACUCAGGACGACUAUUCUGGCUGUUGGGUCCUUCUUAGAUGCUUUUCAAAAGGUUGCAGACAUGGCGACGGGGACCAGAGGUGCGACGAAGGAGAUCGGCUCAGCGCUGACCAGGAUGUGUAUGAGACACCGCAGCAUCGAAUCCAAACUGAAACUGUUCACCACGUCUUUCUCAGAAAGUCUCAUCAUUCCACUGGAAUCGAAAAUGGAGGAGUGGAAAAAGAUGGCCAGUCAGCUGGACAAAGACCACGCCAAAGAGCACAAGAAGGCCAAAGCGGACAUCAAGAAGAAGUCCUCAGACACCAUCAAGCUGCAAAAGAAGGUGAAGAAAGCGCCCUUCUUCCCCCUAUCUGCUGUACGGCUGUGAUGAAAGUGGGCGGUCCCUCAGCGAAGGGAACUCCCCGUCUCGCCUGGGUCGGCCCGGGCAGCCGUGGUCGCUCUGCAGCUGGCCAUGGCCACCGUCCGUCUCAGAGCCGCCGCGUUACAUUCAGACGACACGUUUCUAUAAAGCUCAGGCAUCAAACUCCAGGCCUCGGGGUGGAAGCCGUGGCGUCCACCAAUCAGAUGGGACCGGGGGGCCCGAGAACGGACUGCUGCCCCCCGCACACAACAGCUACGCGCUGCCUGGAGAAAGAGCCCGCGCCAUGUCGGCGUCUGGGAAGUCCUGCUCGGCCCGGGAUCAGCUGGCCUUGACGCUGGGAGCGCUGAACUCCGACGCCCCUCGGAGCAGCCGGGACUCGCUGCACUGCUCCAGCGGUUACAGCACGCAGACCACCACGCCGUCCUGCUCGGAGGACACCAUCCACUCUCACGCUCUCAGGAGAGACCCUCCCCACUAUGUUGACUACGAGUCCAUCUCUCUCCAUGGCGACGCCGACUCCAUCUCCUUGCAUCAGCUGUCUCACGCCAUCAACCAGUCCGACUUUGACAAGUCCUCCACCAUCCCACGGAACUCCGACCUCAGAGUCCAGUACAGGGAUUUCGUCCAGUCCAAACGUCCCGCCUCGACGGUCAGCUUAUUGGCCGAGGCCGACAUGGGCGGCGUCUCCCGCAACCUGCAGCCCAACACCGCCACCAUCAGGCGCAAGCCCACCUCCAAAGCGGCAUUCCGCAGAGGCACAAUCAGCGGCGGCGUUCCCAUCCCCAUCAGCACGCCCCAGAUCCCCCUGAAAGCCCAGGAGGGCAACGGUGGCAGCGACGAGAAUGUCUUUGUGGCUCCGCUUCCUGGAGGACUGGGCGGGUUCGGCCACAGCAAACUCUGCACCUCCACUCAGAGUCUCAGUGCGCUGCCCUCCUCCUCUCCCUACUAUCAGUUCAUCCCAGGACAGAUGCCCAUCCCGGUGCCGGUGCCCACCGUGCCUGGAGAGGGCGGCAACCACAGGCAGCAGCAGCAGCGGCAACAUUUCCAACGACAGCAGCAGCAGCAACGCGCUCAAGCAGAGCUGCACAGCCAGCAGCAGUUUCAACAACAGCAACGUCAACUUCAGGCGGAGAGAUCGCAGCAGCAGCAGCAUCUGCAGCAGCAGCAAUACCUGCAGCAGCAGCAACAUCUGGAGCAACAACAAUACCUGCAGCAGCAGCAACAUCUGGGGCAACAUCCGCCACAGCAGCAAUACCUGCAGCAACAGCUGCAGCAGCAGCAAUACUUGCAGCAGCUGCAGUAUUCACAACAGCCACACCUGCAGCAGCAGCAACCACAGUUGCAGCAACCACAGUUGAUGCAGACACAGCUGCAACAACAGAGCCUGGACCCUCUAGAAAAACGGAAGCUGUUUCAGGAGCAGCUCCAGGCCCCCACCCCCCAGGAAGAGGCCCCCACCGCCCUGGACCACGGCACCAACCAUCAGCCCCCUCCCCUUGGCCAGGACCAGAUUCCGGAGCAGGCGGGGGGAGGAGGGGACAUGCUCACGCUGAUCCGGAGAGUGACGCUCAGAAGGACCAUCACCAACGAUCGCUCCGCCCCCCUUCUGCCUGCUCCAGCCAAUCACAACUGAAGCGGGGGGUCGAGUUUUGACCGGCAGCACAGAAACCCUACGAUGGACGUUUGCACCCACGGACUCUUUUAUAAAACGCCGUCUUGGCCUCGGCGGCGCUCUGCUCUUCGCUCUCGGGUCUCCGUUUCAUGACGAGGCGUCUCUGAAAGACCGGGAGCUGUCGAGUCCCAGACGCGCUUCAGGCUGGGGGGUGUUUGCUCUGCUUUCCCGCCUGCGUCUCAGGAGGGCGGGGCUCUGCAGUGAUCUCCUCUGUCAUGGUUGAACCGUGGCGGCGGAGGCCUUUUCUGAAUUGUGCUCCGUGUGACUCGACGUGCGCGUUUUCUGAGCUGCCCAUAGGCGCGUCUUUGCGUUUUCUUUAACACCUGUAAAUAAGUGGCGGGUUUUCCGUGAAUAGACGGGAUUACGGACAACGUUUAAGUGAUCAGUACUGCUAGCAUAGCUGGCUAUGUCGAGCAGCGCUGUCGAACAGCCUCCGGCGGUGCGACCUGAAGGCGGUUCAGUGCUUUCCUUCGCCCUCUGAAUUCUGCUUCUGUUCAUUUGUGAGGAACAGAGUUCUUAAGUUUUCUAGAGCCACGUUCAGCCUCUGUCCACAGGAUGAGGAGAACGGCACUUUUCUGACACCUCCGUGGACCAGAAGAGCUCCACGUGAGCAGCCGCUCACAACAGAGAUGUUUUCAUUCAAUCUGCCUCUUGUGGUCAGUCCUGGAAUUACAGGAUCUGGAUUUGACGCUGCUUUUGGCCUCUGCGACCUUUACUGCCACCAGAGGGCAGCAUUUCACGUUGACUUUAGAGAUAUCUGCGUUUGCUUUUAACUUGAACUUUGUUUUAGGAUGAAUAAAUGAGCUGGCGGUCUGAGUAGCUCCGUCUGCAUCGCUUCUGUUUUUAGGGCUGUGAGUUCAAACAUUUUCCUUUUAUACGGUACAGAAAGUUCCCCUUUAUAGCCCAGAAAAACAUUUGUUAAAGGUUUAUAUGGAUCCAUUUUGCAACACGUUUUAAAAGAAUGGAUCCCUUUUCCGUUCUCGUAUUCAUCUCCAUCCGUUCUGCAGACGGUCAGACUUCCUCUUUGAGGAACCGGAUUCAUGUUCAGUGGACUGGAUCGGGUCAAGUAGCGGGUUCUAGUUUAGAUCCUGAUCUGAGCUGCUGAAAUGUUUAGAUCCAGUUUCAAACAUUCCCUCAUGAAGUCUGUUUGUUUUACUGACUGGGUCAGCCUUUUUCAUCAUCCGGACUUGACUGGAGAGGACCUUAAAGGGUCAAAGGUCACCCCUGCUGCCCUCCUGAAUGGAUGGAGCUGCUCUGUGCUGAUCUUCUCUCCACAGCGAGGAAGAAAAAAAAGUCAUUUGUUUUCCAUUUAAGACCUUCUGUCGCUUUUAUUAUUUAUUGUUUGAAGCAGAAGAAGCUGCUGAUGCUGGAAAAGUCCCAACGGCUGGAUUCAUAAUAAUGACUUUGACUGGAUGAAGACGAGUUCAGGGUCUCCUCUGGAUGAGGGUCCAGCUGGAUGCUGGGAAAUGCAGUGCUGAGGGAACAAAGGUCUCCGGGCUCAGCGGGCGACAGCAGAGCCUUCAGUCCGGUCCUGAACCUUCUCUGGACUUUGAGAGGCUGCGACCCUGAAGCCCCCCUGCAGCUGCGGUUCUUCUUUUCCUGCCACGGAUCCAAAUCUUUUUAUGAAAAUGUACGAACUCUUCCUCUGAUUGUAUUUUUGUGUUGAUCUGUGAUGUUUCUGCCAUCGCUGAUAUUUUUGUAGAAGCUUUGAGGAAAAAACUUGGUGAUGUUUGAAGACCUGAAGUCCACCAGGGACGUCCUCUGUGAUCCGCCAUAAAAAUGAGGAGGAAUCUGGA